AUGAGCCCGAAAGAUAUCAUCGGCGCCGCAACUACCGCUCUCUUCCAAGACGCGCCCGACGCCGUCGUUACGGCCUUAUCCAAGGCACCCAUCGGCGUAGACGUCCCCGCUCCCACAGAGGUUCUGUCCACGAUUCUCGCCACCACCACGACAUCGCUAGCCGCAGCCUCGAGCGCGGCCAUGUCUUCGUCGGCUGCCCUUGUGGCAGGCUCGGAGAACGGUCCAUCAGGCGGCGAUGAGGGAUCCGGGGAGUGUCGCCUGUUGGGCUCUUUUGCCCUACUCGUACAGCUCGCGCUCGGCGGCCUGGCCCUCCUCUCACUAGUCUAUAAGCGGUGGCGCGAGCGGCCACAGCGGCCCCUCAAGAUCUGGGCCUUUGAUGUCUCGAAGCAGGUCGUCGGAAGUGUCCUGGUGCACGUGGCCAACGUCUUCAUGUCGAUGCUGACGAGCGGUCGGUUCUCUAUUAAGGUCGAGCCCAUGAGCGUACAAACGGCAGCGAGGCUGUUGAGGAGGGACGACGACGCAUAUGUGCCGAACCCAUGCUCAUUUUACCUGCUCAACUUGGCUAUUGAUACAACUCUUGGAAUACCAGUGUUGAUUAUAUUGUUGCGCGUAUUCACCGGCCUGGUAUCUUACACAUCAUUCGGCAAGCCCGCCGAGUCCAUCCAGUCUGGUAAUUACGGCAACCCACCCAAGACCUGGUGGUGGGUAAAACAGUCCAUGAUCUACUUCUGCGGCUUGUUUGGCAUGAAGAUAUGCGUCCUGAUCUUGUUCCUCAUGAUGCCAUGGAUUGCGAGAGUUGGCGAUUGGGCACUGGGCUGGACCGAUGGCAACGAAAAGCUGCAGAUUGUAUUUGUCAUGAUGCUGUUCCCCCUCAUUAUGAACGCCAUGCAGUACUACAUCAUCGACAGUUUCAUCAAGAAGAAGGAGCUGGAACACGAAAGACUACCUCAGGAGGAUGACGACCGUAGCUUUGACAACACCUUGGCUGAUGAUGAUGAGACCAGCGACUCGGAAGAUGGAGCACGCCACUCGACUUCAAAGCCGUACAAGGGUAUGAAGAGGAGGGACUCAAAGACGGCAGCUGAGGAAUACGAUCCCGACCACGAUCACGAGGUAGUUUGGAGCAACAGCAGCAACAGCGAGCAGGGAGGAAAGACGGGCAAAGUCCUACCCAAGGAGCUAUUGCCCCGGGAGUAA